GAGAGAGAGAGAGAGAGAGAGAGAGAGAGAGAGAGAGAGAGAGAGAGAGAGAGUUUGUAUCAAUUACACUCAUAAUUUUAAUGCUAACAAAUAUUAUAAUUCAAAAUUUUAUAUAUUUGAUUUUUUAAGCAUAUAACUUUUGUUUUAUUGGAUACUGUUAUCAUGAAUUUUUCUAUUUCGUAACCACAUAUCAUAUUUUUAUAGAGUUUUGAUAAAAUAUAGUAUUUAAUUUGUAAUCUAUUUUUUGUCAGUUAUUUUAAUCUAAUUAUUUUCUAAAAAAUAGAUAUAAAUACGCAUCAAUAAUCGUGAGGUUAUAUUACUUAGGACUAAAUGAAGUAGUUUGUUUUCACGUCUCUUAUGAUAUCUUUUGGAUAUGAUUAGCAAAUUUUAUCUGUUUUCUUAACCACGUAUUAGAGAUUUUAUUAUGGAAUAAGAUAAUGUAUAGUUUUACAUAUAUCGACACAUGUCGAUAAUCGCUAGGUUAUAUUAUUUAGGACUAAAUGAAGUAAGUUUGUCGCAAUUACUUGAUGAUAUAUUUUGGAUAUAAUUACUAAAUUUUAUCUGUUUUGUUAACCACAUAUCAGAGAUUUACUAUAGAAUUUGAUAACGUGUAAUUUUACAUUUAUCGACACAUGUCAAAAAUCGUCAACUUAUUCUAACUAUCAUUAAACUUCUUAAGCAUAAAUUAAAAAAUUCCCCAUUUUUAAUAUAUAAAAUUAACUUUUUCAGGAUUCUUCUAUACAUGCUGAUAAAUAUUAUAAUUCACUAUUUUAUAUAUUUGAUUUUUUUUAAGCGCAUAACUUUUGUUUUAUUGGAUACUGUUAUCAUUAAUUUUUCUAUUUCGUAACCACACAUCACAUUUUUAUAGAGUUUUGAUAAAAUAUAGUAUUUAAUUUAUAAUCUAUUUUUUGUCAGUUAUUUGUAAUCUAAUUAUUUUCUAAAAAAUAGAUAUAAACACGCAUCAAUAAUCGUUAGGUUAUAUUACUUAGGACUAAAUGAAGUAGUUUGUUUUCACAAUCUCUUAUGAUAUCUUUGGAUAUGAUUAGCAAAUUUUGUAUGUUUCUUAACCACAUAUCAGAAAUUUUAUGAUGGAAUAUGAUAAUGUAUAGUUUUACUAUUAUCGACAUGCGUCAAUAAUCGCUUGGUUACAUAAUUUAGGACUAAAUGAAGUAAUUUUGUCACAAUUUCUUGAUGAUAUCUUUUGGAUAUGAUUACUAAAUUUAAUCUGUUUUCUUAACCACAUAUAAGAGAUUUUAUGAUAUAAUAUGAUAAUGUAUAAUUUUACAUUUAUCGACACGCGUCAAUAAUUGUUAGGAUAUAUUACUUAGGACUAAAUGAAGUAACUUGUUUUCACAAUCUCAUAUGAUAUCUUUUGGAUAUGAUUAUCAAAUUCUUAUCUGUUUUCUUAACCACAUAUCAUAGAUUUUAUGAUAGAAUGUGAUAAUGUAUAAUUUUACAUUUAUAGAUACGCGUCAAUAAUCGUUAGGCUAUAUUAUUUAGGACUAAAUGAGGUAAUUUUUUUCAUGAUCUCUUAUGAUUUCUUUUGGAUAUUAUUAGCAAAUUUUAUAUGUUUUCUUAACCACAUAUCAGAGAUUUUAUGAUAGAAUAUGAUAUGUAUAAUUUUACAUUUAGCGACACGCGUCAAUAAUUGUUAGGCUAUAUUGUUUAGAACUAAAUGAAGUAAGUCUUUCGUAAUUCUAUGUUGUUAUCUUUUGGAUAUGAUUACUAAAUUUUAUCUGUUUUCUUAACCACAUAUCAGAGAUUUAUGAUAGAAUUUGAUAACUUUUAAUUUUACAUUUAUCGACAAAUAUAAAAAAAUUAACUUAUUCAGGAUUCUUCUAUAUAAUGAGCUUGGGUUGAUACACUACUCAUCAAGAGAGCAUUUUCUAAGUCUACAAUCAUCUUUGUCUUUGAACCUCUGAGUUGCUUCCCCUUCGAUUAGCUAGCUGGUAAGAAAAUCACGUACAACAAUUCACAAAGACUUUUCUUUGCGUCUUAUAUGUUGUUCAUAAGUUUGUUAUUUUUUUCUCAGCUAUGGAAACCAAUGGUCAGAGCGUGUACUCUGUUCUCACAACAAAUGAAGUUGGUGAGAAGAUGACGAGUGAAAUCAACCAGAUCUCGGAAGUCUUCUUGCUGUCCAAAUCUGAUGCAACCUUAAUCCUAAUCUCUCUCCGUUGGAACUCGUUCAAGGCUUCAGACCGUUUGGGCGACGACAAGGAGAAGCUCCUCUCGGACUUAGGUUUGGUUAAAGUUUUCAGUUCGUGUCAAGAAAACGAUUCUGUGUCUUCUUUCGCAGGUCAAGAAAAUCUGGUCUCCACACCCUUUUGUUCACACAAGUUUUCUGAAACUUGUUGGAGAAGUCAUCUCAGCAACCUUCUGACGGAGGAGGAAGAGAGAGUCGUCCUUUGCCCUAACCCAGACUGUGUUGCUCCAGUUGGACCCGAUACGAUUGAGAAACUCACAGAACCAGCUGUGAAGAUGAUGUACGAUAGAUACAUUCUGGGAUCUUUCGUGGAGGCCAACAAGGAAUCGAUCAAGUGGUGUCCUGCGCCAGGUUGCGAAUACGCCAUCGAGCUUCAUGAGGAUCUGUUGGAAGAUGAUGAUCUUGACUUUGGUGUGGUGUGUUUGUGUGGUCACACAUUCUGUUGGAGUUGCACGCUCGAGUCACAUCGACCCGUGACCUGCAAGGAAGCUUCUGUUUGGUCAAGCUCCACCUUGGAUACGUUAAAGAGCAAUGCUUGGCUCCUUGAAAACACCAAACGUUGUCCUAACUGCAACUGUCACGUGCAGAGGACCGAUGACCCUGUUUUGAGAAUGAUAACUUGUAUCUGCAGUUGUAGCUUCUGUUGGCGCUGCUUACUGUCAGAGGAAGAGCACAACGGAAACUGGAACUGUGUUGAACUCUUGUUUCAACUAUCAAUGAGACAAGUGGACGAUUCUAGUUACCUGCGUCUGUGGGAGACAUGUCUUGAAGAGUAUGAGAAUUCCAAGUCGGAUCUCAAAGCCAUAGAGGAGAACGGCGUUCCAAGACUGACGGAUAACAGCAGUUUUAACGAGCAAGACGUUGAUGCUGUAAAGGAAGCAACUCUGCUUAUGGUCCAGUGUAGGCUUGUAUUGAAAUGGAGCUGUGCUUAUGAAUAUUUCAUAGCCAUGUACCAAAGCCCCAAGACGCAGUAUGUGAAGCACCUUCGAGGAGAAGCUCGAAAGACACUUCUUAGGCACAAAGCGACUCAAGAAGAGUUGAUGAAUAAAGCUCUCACAUCUGGUUAUUUCAGUUCCUUCAAGGUCGAGUUGUCAAACAGUUCAACAAUCACUGGUAACUACUUCCAUGAAUAUGUCAAGACUCUUGAAAGUGGUUUCCCUGAAAUUCAGGUUGAAACUUAGUUCCAUAUGUAAUUUAUAAGAUUUUCUCUGGAUCAUUUGAAUGUGUUUGUACUUUGAAGACUUUUGAAUAAUUAUUACAACAUUUCAACAUA